UCGUGUAAUUGAGCGCUAAAUUCGAAUCUUGUUUCACUACAUUCUUAUUGCUAUUCAGGAUAUACUUUAUUUUUCACCUCACCUAAACAGAAAUGGAGACCUUGUAGUAUUAGUAGUGAUAAUAGUUAUUAUAAUAAUUGAAAACAAAACUAUAUAUGAAGUGAAAGGACCAAAGAAAUCUUGGAUUACUUUUUUACCGUAGCACAAAAACAAACACAGAAAAUGACAGGAGUUCCUUCAGUGUUUGGACAGGAACAGUUCACUGCAGAAGAACAUGAUGCUAUUCAAAAAGUCCUACGACAAAGACUUGGUCCAAAUUUUAUCUCUCAGAGAAUUGGAGCUGGUGGUCAAAAACUUGCUUAUAUUGAGGGCUGGCGCUUGAUAAACCUAGCAAAUGAAACAUUUGGCUUCAAUGGAUGGUCACACUCAGUUACACAGCAAACAGUUGAUUUCGUAGACCAUUUCAAUGGCAGAUACUAUGUCGGGAUCAGUGCUUUUGUAAGAGUACAACUUAAGGAUGGAGUUUAUCAUGAAGAUAUUGGGUAUGGUGUAAGCGAAGGUAUGAAAUCAAAGGCUCUUAGUAUUGAGAAAGCAAGGAAGGAAGCAGUCACGGAUGGUUUGAAGAGAGCUUUAAAAAGUUUCGGAAAUUCCCUUGGAAAUUGUUUAUCAGACAAAGAAUACUUAAGAUGUAUUAACAAAGCAGCAAAACCUCUGGCACCAGUUUAUGACAUUUCUGAGAUGAAACAAGAGAUUACAGAUGCAAGAAUCAACAAAGCUUGGUUGCUGAAACAACAGAAACAGCUAGAAGGGCCACGCCACAGCUUUCCACCUGGUAACAUACCCACCGUGAAGAAGGAGAUUCUAAAUUCAGCCGAUUCCGAAUCUGACACUGUGAUCAAGGUAGCCCAACAGCAACAACAGCAGAAAGAUAUCCAGACGAAGGUACCUGGUAGCAACAAUGCAAUGGAGACCCGAAAUUGCCAUUCCAAGGAAUCAUCUUCAGUAAAAAGUCAUGAGAUUUCGGCUGUUAACUCCACUGCUUCAGACAUGAACAGAUGCCUAGGUGAUGACACUCCCAAGAUGCCAGGAUCAAGUAGCAGUAAGAACAAAUGUAAAAGUAAAACCAAAGUUGAGGUUUCUCCAUGCUACACUGAAAACCAGCGCCAGGAACGAAUUCAGAGACAAAAACAGAAACAAGAAGAAUUCCAAAGAAUACGCAACAAUAACAAACCCCAACAGAAAACUGAAGGAACAAAUACUGCUGCUGGUGGUGGCAGUGGUGGUGGCAGUGGUGAUUCCAAAAAUCCAAAGAAUAAAUCCAUCUGUGAUAAAGCAAAUGAAAGUACACGUAGCAUAUCUUCUCGCUCAGAUGACCGCAGUCUUUUGCCAGAAGAUCUCUUUGAUGACCACGAUGUAUGGAACCAGUCCCUUGAUGCUGAGAUUGUCAACUUAGAAACUGCCUUGUUAUCAUCAGACAAGGUGACAACAGCCUUGACUGAAAUGGUGCUGAAAUCUUCACCAAGCUCUCAGAAACUGCCUUCUGCUGUCCAAACCUUAAAUGAUGGCCUGUCCUGUGUAUCAGCAAUUUCUAGACUGUCUCCACGCAACCCAAGAGGUUGUGAAAAAGUGCUGCAGCUGAUCAAAGAUACGAGAGAUGAAUUCCGCAUAAAAAAGCAACGUCUUGACAUAUAAGAAAAGAAUAAUUUGUGGCUACAACAGAAUAAACCACAUUUCCUUCUUGGUAACACAUUGACCAUAUACAAACAUCAGUUAUUUACAGUUCCCUUUAAUGACAUGUGGAACAAGUAUCAACCAAUCACAGUUCGUAUUAAGCAUCAUUUAGUAGAAACAACAACCAAUUAGAGUUUGUUUGAAACAUCACAUGUGAUAGAAAUUUACACCAAUCACAUAAAUCUAUAAAUAAUAGCAUGUAAAAUAUUGGGUUGGAAAAUCCGUUUGGCAUAGAAAAAGUCAAAGGCUGCCCAUGGGACUCGAACUCCUUUUUUUUUUCUGUUGCCUCGCAGGCAGUCUUUGACCUUUGAUAUCCAAAAGGGUUUCUUCAAGUCAAUAUUUACAUGCUGUUAUUUAUAGCUUUAUGUGUUUCAAGAUUCACUGUUCCAAAAAAGGAUUAUUUCACAUUCUCUCAAAAGUUUAUGUUGUCAGCAACAAAUUCUUAUGAUGUCAUGUCUUAUAUCAAUAUCACAUGAGAUAGAAGUAGAAACCAACUGCAACUGCUUCAUAAUGCCAAUGUGAGCCAAUAUUGAAAUAGAACAAAUAUGUAGAAGUUCCAACCAAUUGCAGACAGUUUCAACAUCAUUCAUGAAAUAAAUAAUAACCAGUUGUGAUUUAUUUUUAUAAUUUCAACCCAUAUCUUAAUUACCAAUCAAUUAGAAUUCAUUUCGACAUUGUGAUAACAACACCAGCACAAGACAAUGGCAAUGGACUUCUUCAAUAAGAACAAGAUACACAAUUUUAACAAUAUGAUUCCAUAAUAUCAUUAUUGAAAAAUAGAGAGGAAAACAAGGCUUAAAAUAAAUUAUAUGCAAAUAACAAGAAAGCAACUCAAAAGAUAUCAUUCUGAGAAAAAUAAAUCAAACUUUAUUUUAAAAAAUCCCAAAUUUCUCUGACCAAGAGGAAAUUUUUUAUUUAUGAUGACCAAAUUCAUAUUCGAAUUUCUUAACUAUUUUAAAUAACUCUAUUUUUCAAUGAAAUCUUAUGUUGUGUUAUCAUCCCUGAUAACAUUUGAAUUUAA